AUGCAUUCGCAGGGGCCCCGCGGUGCUGGGGGCCCCCCCGACACCCGCGAUUUGCCCUCCGUACCCACUGCUCAGGGGCCCACCCCAGGGCCCCCUGCGCCGCCAGGUCCUCCUGGAGGACCCUCUGGAGGGCCCCCUGGAGGGCCCCAGGGGGGCCCCCCGGGGGGCCCCCAGGGGGUCCCUCCCCCCCCGCACCUCAUGUUCCCGCACUCUCCUCUUAUGAUGCCCCCCGGUAUACCGCUGCCUAUGGGGGGUGUUCCCCCUGCUUUGCUGCCUGGAGCUUUGGCGCUGCACCACGCUGCAGUUGCAGGUGCUGCUGCAGGUGCAGCAGCAGCAGCAGAGGAGGCCCGAAUGGCCCACGAACGUUCUUUUGGUAAUGCAGGGUCCCAUGGGGCCCACGAGGGGCCCCCUCACCCCUCAGGGGGCCUCCAUGGGGGCCCCCCUGAGAGGGGAAGCAGAGCGGGGGGCCCCCGGGGCCCCUCAGGGAAACGACACAACGCUGAGAGGACCAGUGGUUCCUGGCGCCGGCUGUCAAGAGAAGAGAGAAUGAACCGAAUGCAGCAGAUGCAGCAGCAGCAGCAGCAGCAGCAGCAGAGGGGCCGGGGGGAUGGUUGGGGCCCAGGAAGCAGCGGCAGAGACAGGGCAUCGGGGGGCAGCCGCUGGAGAGGAGGAGGGGGCCCCGGGGAGGGUACAGGGGCCCCCAUGAAGAGAUCACGUGCUGCGCUGCGGGGUUCCCGGGGGCCCCCAGGGCCCCCGGGGCCCCCCUCUGCGGCUUCAUCAGAUUCUGAGCUGUCGCUGAUGUCGGUAGCAUCCCAGGAGCAGGAACAGCAGCCAUCAGAUUCUGAGCUGUCGCUGAUGUCGGUAGCAUCCCAGGAGCAGGAACAGCAGCAGCAGCAGCAGCAACAGCAGCAGCAGCAGCAGCAGCGGCGGCAGCGGAUACAGCUGGAGGAUCAGCAGCAGGGUAGGAGGAGUCCUUCAGUUGAGCUGCUGCAGCAGCAGGGGGGGGGCCCCCUUGCUGCAUCGUCAGGAAUGAUGAAGGGGGCCCUCACCCCCAUGUCUUCUCUUUCGGGUUCUGAAUCAGACUUAUCUUUAUCUGCUGCUUCUGCUGCAUCACAGCGAGAGGGAGAGAGUCCAGUUGAUAGGUAUGGGGGCCCCCAGGAUGGGUACGGGGGCCCCCAUGAAGGGUACGGGGGCCCCCAUGAAGGGUAUGGUGGGGGGCCCCCACCCGAUGGUUUUGGGGGCCCCCCAGGGUUGAUGAGGGAGUCGAAUAGAAACAGGGAGGCUGCAGCUGAGAGCAGCACAAACACCCACAGCAGCGGGUUGAUGAGGGAGUCGAAUAGAAACAGGGAGGCUGCAGCUGAGAGCAGCACAAACACCCACAGCAGCAGCAACAGCAACAGCAACAGCAGCAGCAGCAGCAGCAGCAGCAGCAGCAGCAGCAGGAGAGGAGGAGGAGGAGGCCAGUUUUUAUUUGAUUUAUGGGUUCCUACUACCUUUCAUCCUGGGGGAAGAGAAGCAGCAAAAAUAUUAUUGGGGUUUCGGGGCUGCAUGCAUAAAGAAAUACAAAAAGCUGCUGGCGCACAUGUGCAAAUCUAUGGAAGAGAAUUAAAAAGAAAUACUAAUAAACAUGAAUACGAUAGCUUCAGGUAA